CCUGUGCUUACUUGUUGUGACUGUGAAACCAUCAUCAAUAUGGCUGGGCGUGGAAUUGUCACUUCGCAUGCAGCCAAAAUCCGUUCAAGAUCUCUGCCUUCCCCCAUGGAUGCACCAAUUCCAAGUUUCUUCAGAAUCAUCCUUCCUUACAUGCUCGAGAAAAAGAAGCUGAAGCUGCCCCUGAAGUUCGUCAAAUUGCAUGGUUCCGAACUCUCGUCGACGGCUGCACUUACCUUACCAAACGGCAGGGUAUGGAAGGUCGGCGUGGAGAAGGCGACGAGCGACGAAAACGAGGAGAUCUGGUUCGGCGACGGUUGGGCUGAGUUUGUGGAGCACCACUCGAUUUCCGCAGGUUUUUUUCUGGCGUUUCAGUACCAGCGAGGCCGCUCUGCCUUCAAUGUCCGCAUCUUCGACUUCACCACUUGCUCAAUCGACUACCCUAAGACCGAGCAGCUCGAUGAGGAUCAGACGGGUUCCCCUCAUUGCAUCGUCAUUUCCUCCGACGAAGACGAAGGAGAUUGCGUCCGACCCAGAAGGCGGCAAACCUCCGAUCUCAUUACCCCUGAGAUUGAGAAAACGCUGGAGUGUCUAAAAGCAAGCGGGAUUGCGACGAAUGCUCUGUUCCACCUCUUGUUACCCAAGUUCUACAGACAGAGCAAGAAGGGAAUCGAGGAAGCAAUUGCAUGCAAGCCCGAAGACCGUCCUUGCUUCAUCGUCGUGCCGAACGCUCGUCAGAUUCGUGGGUACACCAGGACCAUGAUACCAACUCGGUUUGGGAGAGAGCAUAAGAUUCAGAGAAGAAGCAAUAGAAGGGGGAUUCUGGAGGUGAGCAAUGGCGAAAAAGCAGGUGAGCAGUGGAGGGUGGAGGUGGCGAGGAACAAGACAGGACAAGAGAUGUUUAUGGGGAAGGGAUGGGUAAAGUUUAUGGAAGAUAACAAUAUGGGAGAAGGAGAUGUGUGCCUCUUCCAGCUGGUCUCUGCGGCGCAUACUGUGAAGAUGGACGUGUCAAUCUUUCCAGCCCAGCCCAGCCCAGCCCAGUGAAUUGGUAGAGUAGUGAUCAUCGUGGGCUAUAUUACUGUAUGGGCUUGUAUAUUGUAGGCGAUGCUAUUUUUGUCUUAAAAUUAGGUUGAACACUAGAGGUGAAUAUCAGCAUAUGCCCACCUAGCUACCUUUUGUUUCUUUGCUUUCGAUGUCGUCAAAUAAGGGUUAAUAUGGAUGGAGUUCUAUAUGACUUUUUAACAUAGUAGUAUAUUAAAACGUCUAAAUUAGU